AUGUUAACUGCAGUUUUUCCAUGCCAGAAUCCGGUGUUCAAGCGAUUUGAGUAUAAACAUUCAUUCCGAGCUCCUAAUCUCGCCCAACGGGAUCACUCAAUUCCUUUUUGGACGGUGUCUGGCGAUGCGAUAGCAUCCCAGGAUCAGUUACGUCUUGCUCCUUCAAUGCGCAGUCGCAAAGGCAUUGCCUGGAACAAAAGACCAAUGGUGGAAAGCGAAAAUUUUCAGGUCGAUGUUAGUCUUAAAGUUACUGGCCAAGGACGGAUCGGAGCUGAUGGAAUGGCUAUUUGGUAUACUGCACAUAUGGGAUCACUUGGUCCAGUGUUUGGUGCCAAUGAUUUUUGGACUGGAAUGGGGAUUUUCCUUGAUUCAUUCGAUAACGAUGGACAGAAGAACAAUCCUAUGAUAGCUGUCAUGCUCAACGAUGGCACUCGCUCCUACAACCAUGCUACCGAUGGGAGCCAGCAGAUUCUUAGUAGUUGUCAGCGAGAUUUUCGCAACAAACCCUACCCAGUUCGUCUCAGAAUAGAGUAUUUGAAGAAUGUUCUAACUAUACAUGUUGACGAUGGUAUGCAGCCAACUCCCACAUACGAAGCCUGCAUAAGGAUCGAAAAUAUCCACUUACCCAGGAACGGUCACUUUGGUGUGUCAGCAGCUACUGGGGGACUUGCUGAUGACCACGAUAUAUUAGAGUUCUCGGUGUUUUCUUUGGUGACGGAACUUCGAACUUCUGCUCCUACCGGUCUUCCACAAGACGAAAAAGUAAAAUAUGAUCAGGAAUUUGAGCGCCAAAUGAAGGAGUAUGAAGCAGAACGUGCUAAGUUCAAAGAACGACAUCCGGAUUUGAAAGAUGAGGACUACGACGAAGCAAAGUACUAUGAGGACGCAACCGUUCGUGAGUUGCGGCAGCUUUCCCAGAGGCAGAGCAGUAUACUUCAGAUCUUGCAAAAAGUGGAGCAGAAACUACAAUAUAUUCAGCAAGGUGGGGCAGUCCAACCGGCUACUACUGUUGCAGGUGGACUACUUCAACACGAAAAGAACGAAAUCUUACAGUCAUUGAGGGAUCUUACUCAAUCACUUCGUGAUCAAAAACAAUACGUGAACGAGAUCUUUACUAAAACGUACAAUUUGGAACAGCGAUGGGGACAGGGUGCCCCCCAUGUUGGUAGUGCCAAUAAUGUUGACAGCACCAUGCAUCAGAAGGUAGACAGUCUCCUGAAUGAGGUUCGAACUCUGCGCGCAAAUCAACUGCAACAGGUGAGUUGUCGUGUUCUAGUUCUUCACAUAUUGGUGAAAGAAAGUCCCAGUAAGUUCCAACAGUUUGCUUCUACUCGAAUGUAG